AUGCGAGAAUCGUGUUUUCAUUAUUUGAGCCUUGGAAGCAUUUACUCACAAGGAUCAAUUACCCUCCUAUCUGGCUUGAACUCAAGGCCUAUGAGCUUGGUUGCUCACUUCUUUGCCAUGGCCAUAUAUGGUGUAGGUCAUUUGCUGCUACCAUUUCCUUCACCCAAGCAUCUGUUACUUGGAGCUAGAUUGCUCUCGAUAGGUGCGUUUGCUGAAGACAGCAGCACAAGCAUCGUAGACUCUAACAAUGUGAAGCAAGAGAUGCAACAAAGCCAACCACAUGUUACCAGGCCGGCAUCUAACUUCCGUAAAAGGUCUCCAGUGUCUCAAGUCAAAUUCAAGCUAAUUUACUCAAACAAGGGCUCUAUUAAUUCUCUCUCACGUGGCAAUGUAGAUGGGAAAAGCAAAGAGAUGGAAACUAAUGCCGAACCUAGUUUAGAGCCAAGUUUUUCAGAAGGGAACGUGUUCGAUCAAAUAUUGAAAGACGAAACUUCUGAAAUUUUUUAA